AUGGGAGCAGACAACAACACAUAUGUCCUUGGCUCCAUGGGAAAGUUCAAUGUGGUUGUGGCUUGCCUACCAAUACAUCAACUUGGUCCCUCCUCAGCCGCUGCCGCCGCGAAAACAAUGCUCUUUACUCUCCCUAAGAUCCGCGUUGGCUUAAUGGUUCGCAUUGGAGCGGGUAUUCCAGCCUACGAUGAAGAUCUGGAUAUUCGCCUUGGUGAUGCCGUUGUAGGCAGUAGCGCAGAGAACUGCAGAGUCGUGGUCUAUGACUUUGGCAAAAAGAUUAUCAUUGAGCACUGCCCUCAUAAGGCUCAAGGCUCAACUUGA